AGGUGAACUGUCCCUUUAAAAUGGUUGGAUUUUACUGGCAGGUAAAUUAUGCAAGCUGAAGAUUCAGUUUCUAGUAAUGUCGUCUUCUGUUAAACUUUUGUUUCUUCAUAAAGACCCUCCCAGUUGAAAAGAUAAAUAGGUGCUGAAAGAGGAACGUUACUUCAUUCACCUCCUGAUCAAAGAUGCAUCUGCAAAUCUCCGUUUUUCUUCUGUUUGUUCUUUUCACUGCAGGACACUCUUUCAGCUGUUAUGAGUGUGUGGGUUUGACGGGUUCUUGUGCAGAUCAGAAAUUAAAAACAUGUCCCAGUGGAUCUUCCAAGUGCAUGAGUUUAACAACAGUGGCACAAGCUGGUGGCGUUACUGCUAAAGUGCAGGUUAAAAGCUGUGCUCCUGACUGUGUAAAUGGGUACAUGAACUUCGGCACUGCAAAGACAUCUUUAGCGUGCUGUAACACAGACCAGUGUAACGUCCAGGAUGCUCCAGAUCCCCCUCAUGCCUCCAAUGGAAAGACAUGUUACUCUUGUGAUGGACAGAGCUGCUCAAACGUAAUGAGCUGUUCAGGGAAUGAAAACCGCUGCAUUAAAGCAACAGCGAGUUACGGAGGGCAGUCACUGGUUGUAAAAGGCUGUGCUUCUCAAUCUAUUUGUGAUGCAACAGUAUCGGUUCCUAAUGCUGAUAGCAUCUCAUGUUGUGAGGGGAACCUGUGUAACGGUGCUCAGAGCGUCUCUCAGAGCUUCCUGUUCCUCUGCUGUUCUCUGCUCUCCUUCCUCCUGCUGCACUGAAUCCAGCAGCUCCAUCAGACACACUGUACUGAAUAUAGAGCUUCUAUUUUCUUUGUACAACGCAUCUUUUGUGUCCUGAUUUUUUUGCGGUGACAUUGUGAUCUGACGUUUUUAAAAAUAAAAUACUACAGAAAACGGGGCUUAUGAUUGUCUUCUUAA